CUCUCCCAACCGAAAGACAUCUCCCCCCGCAAACAACUUGGACACUCUUAUGCACCGCCAUAUCGAUCGCCGCCGUGAUCUCGCCCCAUCAUUCCCUAACUUCAGCGCUUGUUUCAUAUCGCCACUUCUUCUGUCCCUCGCCGAACGAUGCCGCGACUGAACCUCCUGCGACCUCAUCGCCGAGCCCAUAGCUCGCAGUCAAGCGCGACACCAUCAUCUCCUGCCUCUGCCGUCGCGACGCCAACAUCGUCAUCACCGCCUCCUCCAUCCACCUUUUCCUACAGGAGCAUCCUUUCCGCGCUUCCACCACUUGAUAUUGGCUCGCCGGGCCUAGGCUCGCCGGGACAAUGGUUGGACGGAACCGCUUACGAUGGUGUCGCCACUACCGCUACCACUACCACUACUGCGGUCGCACCACAGGCACCACAAUACCCACCACCGCCCCGCCCACCACUACCACCACCAUCACAGCCUCCAACUCCUUCCACCGCGACAGCUACCCCUCCCCCCUCCUCCAUCGGAGCUUUCUCCCGAACAUCUACACCGUAUACCGCGUUAACCUCCGACACUCCGGCGCCACGGAACAAGACAUCGGCGAUGACACCCCCGUCGGUCGGCUUGCAUUCGCGCGCGAAUGAGAACGUCAAACCGGAGAAAGUCAAGGAAGCCGGCGGAAAGGGAAUGAAAUUGGGACGACUCAACCCGAUGAGUCUACUACGGCGACGGUCGAGUCAGAGGGAUCUUGCGCUGGGAAAGGACAAAGGGAGGAGCUCGAGGGACUUGCCAGAUAAUUUCGAUCCUAAAAUCAUUUACGCAACCAGACACCCGGAUUGGAGCAGUCAUCCGAAGCGGGGAUCGCAGGAUCCGAGGCGGAGUUUGAGUCCUGUUCCAGUUGGGCCCGGGAGCCCGGGUGUGCCCAUUAAAAGUGACGGGAAGAAACCUUCGCGGACGGAGAUUGAGGAGGCGCAGGGCAUUGAUGCGAGGAUUAGUCUUUCAGUCUCUCCGCAGGAGACAAGGCUGCCGACCAGGCCGCCGAUGCCGAUACCACAGAUCGACAAGGACCUACCGCCACCACCCUCACAGAUUCCGCCACCGCCUCCUCCUCCGCUAGCAGAAGAAACAGAAUCUCUGCUGCCGGUCGCAAUGACCCCCGAGAUGCCAAUUGUCCCUGAGAUGCCGACCUCCCCGUCAACUGCAGUAUUUAGGCCCACAUCGGCGCUUUCCGGGCUCUCCGGCAUCUCGGAUACACCGACAGAGGAACGACGACGGCGUGGCGUUACCUUGAUAGACCAUCCGCUCGCGAUGCCACACUACAAAGCUGUCAACUCUUCGCGCUUUAGCUUCGAGGGCAGCAGUAAGUCUCCGAGCGCGGCGCCAUCCCAGAAAGGUCUUGACUCGGAAGAGGAUGACGAUCGAUCCUCGUUUGCGGAUGGCAGCUUCCAGUUUAACCUGGACGACGAGGGCUAUGAAGACGAUGGGUUUGAGCGGGCCAACGAGGGACUAUUCGGAAACGACCCCAUAUCCGAUGAACUCGCCGACCAGUAUAAUGCUCUCCAGGCAGCCAUGGAUGUGAUGAAAAUCACCAUGGCGCAACAGGAGCAAGGUAUUGGAAUGGCGUUAUCGGAGGAUAUGCCGAAUCAAUCCGGCGGUGAGAUGGAGUUUGGCGGGUUCCCUACGGACGAUAACUUGCCGUUUAUGGACCCACAACCGUUAGCGGCAGAGCAGUCGGCCAAGGAUAUCACUCUCAGUUCCAGACAGCGUAUGGCAAAUCCUCGGAAUCUGGAAUUAACAAGCGAUGACUUGGACUUUAUGGACGACGAGCAAGAGUUGGCAGGUUAUGAGGAUGAUGACGAUGACAUGUACUUUGACGACGGGCUCAUAACCGACUAUGCAGCCGAUUCAGAGACGCAGGAUGAGCAACCGCAGCCCUCUCUCUUACCGCAGCCUCAAAAAUUGACCAUACAACCGCCAUCCGACGACACAACACCUGCUUCGCCUCCCGUGGAAGGGUACUUUGGCCAGGUUAAUCCUGAAUUCGAUGCCGCCAACCGGUUUUCUAUGGUCACUCAGGACACUGGCAUCUCCUCCGGUUUAAUACCGCAAGACGGCUCGAUGGCCACUGAACCGGAGGAUCCGAUGCCCAAAUUCCCACCAUUCAUCAAUCCGAUUGGAGGUGGCCUGGGGUUCACACCCCAACAGCAUCAGUUCUAUGCCCCGGAGGUCAACGGUACCCUUCUUAACGGCUACGCCUUAAGUUCACUCACAUCUACGCUCCAACAGUAUCAGAUGCAGCAACAACAGCUCGGUCUCGCUGGUGCACCACAGAGCCCUUCGGAGGGCUACGACUCCGACAUCAAUGAGCGUCCAAAUUUCGGCAACGACUCGGAUUUCGACUUUAGUUAUGAUUAUGACUACAAUGAUGAUGAUGACCCUAUGGUUGCGGCUGCUAAUGCGGAAGCGUUGGCCAACGACAGCGAAGGCUUUUACGGCUCGGAAUUCGGAUUUUACUCUAGCAACACCAACGGCGGGCUUUCUUACGCAGGAGGCUUCUUCGGCAAUGCCGGCGUGAAUGGGGAAUUGUUGCGACCGCCGAUUCGCAGGCCGUCUCUCACCCCUAUCUCGGAAAGAUCGGAGAGCAGCUACCGGAAUAGCUUGGUGUUCCCAGUGCCGGGAUCACAGGGCGGGGGAUGGGGAUCGCCAGGACCACUGUCGCCGGGAAGCUGGGGCACUGAUCAAGGUGAGGAAUUGACGCUGGGGCAGUUAUUGCAGCUGAGGAGAAACGCAUGGGGAGGUAGCAACGGGAGCAUGAGAAGCGCCGGUAGUGGGGGCAAUGGAGGCGGCGCCGGCAGUGGUAGUCCCGUCACUAGUCCUGUCGGGAGUCCGUUAGGUUGGGGCGCAGGGAGCAACGCAUUGGCCGCUGUCAGCAUGGGAAUGCCGUCGGUUUCGCAGAUGAACAUGGGGGACCAAGCUGCCGCUGAGUAUCUGCUGCAGCAGCAACAGCAGGCAGGAAUCUUUUCGCCACCUCUGUACCCACACUCAAUUCCAGUUGCUACGGCAUUGGCAGAACCUUCAUCGGCAGAGCAGCAAUUGAUCCACCAAUACUUGGGCAUGAUGUCGCCUCCUCUACGAUCAUCGCCGCCGCCACCACCGGGUCUCUCUCCACCGCCGGGAUUGGGAUUCGGAACUACUCCUCCCCCUCCAGGUCUGCACCACGCUGGUGCGAAGGCGAUGCUCCCGACGAAGGGGAGUUUUGAGGACCCUGCCAGUAUAGAGGCUCCCUGGUAGUUCUUUUAAUUUGCGCGUUUUUGGUUAGGUUAAUCCUUUAUUGGAGGAGGAAACAUGUAACUAUAUUGUGUAGACUGUCGCUCUCUAUAGACCUGUCGUUUAUAUACCUAGGGGGGGUAGGAUAUGUUGUGCUUUAUGAUACUGUUUGUGCAUGGUGCGGGUUCAGGGCGUUCGGUCGUUUUAGGGGGGUUAAUGUCGGCGGGGGGAUCCGGAGGGUAUGAUGAAUUUAUAGCUCGCCGAAUAUUAGGU